UGCAGACUGCUUCUACAAACAUUGGUGAAAGAAUGGGUCGCUCUCCACGCCAAGCGUGGUCCCGUGAUAGGUGGCCACCUGGGCAAUAAGUUCAUCUGUGACAUUUCCUGGCUACUAAAUAUUCUACGCUCAACUGUUAGUGGAAUUAUAACAAAGUGGAAGCAACUGAGAACCACCAAGUGGUAGGCCACGUCACAUGACAGAGCAGGGUCAGCACAUGCUAAAGCGCACAGUGCACAGAAAUCGCCAACUGUCUGCAGAGUCAAUCGCUAAAGACCUCCAAACUUGUGAAGGCAUCAACAUACCAAGACAUUUUGGACAAUUUCAUG